GUGCAUGUGGUACAGAACGAAGUGUUCAGAACUUAGUUCGUAUGACUAGUUUGAUUGAAAUAUUAUAAUGAAAUUUUUAAGUAAUGCUAAAGAUAUAUAUAAGGGUUUAAAGGAAAACCGUCGGAUUUCACUAUGGAAAUCGAAGCAUCAAGCACUCAUGAAGCUGUAUCUCAGAGAACUACAGAGAACCUCACCCAGUCCAUAGUGGGUGGUGCCGCUGCUGGUGUGGUUGUUGAUACAAUACUAUUUCCUCUUGACACUCUGAAAACUAGAUUGCAAAGCCAGUAUGGGUUUUGGAAUUCUGGAGGCUUUAAAAGUAUUUACAAAGGAUUUGCACCAGCCAUUCUUGCCUCCCCAUUCUCAGCUGCUGCCUUUUUUGCGACUUACAAUGGUAUGAAGGAUCUUAUCACCCCUCAUUGCAGCCAAGAACUGUUACCGUUUGUUCAUAGUACAAGUGCUUCAUUUGCUGAAGUUUCUUGUUGUUGUAUCAAAGUUCCUGCAGAGAUUGUAAAGCAAAGGAGACAAGCUCUGCUUAAUGCCAAAUCCCCGCUAGCCAUCAUGAAAGACACAAUAAGGCAAGAAGGCAUGAGAGGCAUUUACAGGGGUUACUUUAGUACGCUAUUCAGGGACAUACCUUUUUCCAUCAUUCAAUUCCCUGUUUGGGAGUAUUCGAUGAAGCGAUGGAAAAUUUUCAAAGGUAGACCCAUCAACUCUGCAGAGGUUGCUGCAUGUGGAGCCUUUUCAGGAGCAGUAGCCUCAGCUAUUACGACACCGUUAGAUGUUGCGAAAACACAAAUCAUGUUGGCAGAAGCUGGGUCCAAAAAAGCUUUAAACACUAAUAUAAUUACCGUCCUUAUAGAUAUUAGGAAAGAGCACGGCUUCAAAAAGUUGUUCGCCGGUUUUCUGCCAAGGAUAUUUUCCAUAAUGCUAGGAGGAGGGAUAUUUUUUGGUGUUUAUGAUAAAACUCUUCGAAUCAUUGGAUUUGAAAGAUAGUUAUAGCUGUUGCAAGUGUGAUAUAUUUCCUUCAAAUUCUUCAACCUAUAGAAAAUUUCACAAUUUGACUAAUUGCCUUUGAGGCUCAUCUUUGAUGAAUCAUUUCAUGAGGAAGAGAUUGAGGAUUUCUAAAAUUUAGGUAUUUGGUUUGUACCUAACAUCUAACUUGAAAGCAUUGUGAUA